AUGGAGGGCGAAGGGGAAGGGAAAGAGGAGGGGCGAGUGGGAAAGGAGGUGUCCAAGGAUAAGUCCAAGAAGAAGAAGACGCCCGGCAUCGUCUACAUCUCGCGCCUGCCGCCCGGUAUGACGCCGCAUAAAGUGCGGCACCUUAUGGCUAAGUGGGGUGAGGUGGGGCGGGUGUAUGCGCAGCGCCGGGAUGCUGCGACCGGGUACAAUCCGGACCACCACAAGAAGAAGGAGCGGCACCGGAGCGCCGACUUUACCGAGGCAUGGGUCGAGUUCAUGGACAAAAGUGUCGCGAAGACGGUCGCGCCGAUGUUGAAUGCGCAGGUUAUUGGUGGGAAGAAGGGCGAUCGGUGGCGCGACGACAUCUGGACAAUGCAGUACCUCUCAGGCUACAAGUGGGAGAUGCUUGGCGAGCAGGUGGCCUACGAGCGGCAGGUGCACCAGUCACGCCUGCGUGCCGAGCUGGCGCGCUCCAAGACGGAGCAGAACGAGUACCUCAAGAACGUCGAGCUCGCGCGCGUUCUCAAGAAGCGCGAGGAACGUGCCGCGCAGCAGCCUCCUACCGAGACAGAGAACGCGGGCAAGGAAAGCAAGGGCAAGGAGGGCAAGGGCAAGCGCGUGUAUCGCCAGCGCGAGGUUGCGGACCGCGCGCACGGGCUCGCGGCAAAAGGCAUGGACGAUGUGCUGGGGAGUCUGUUCUAG